AUGGUUCGACUGAUCACCCACAAUUUACUUGCAUGCCACGUCAAAGGAUGCACUACAAAUAAUUUUCCACUCGUAUUUCAGGAUGUCCAGGUUGAACUACAAGAGGCAGAAUUCAACCCUGACUUCAUCCGGAAUAUGCUGUCUCGAUUGGAAUGGACUGCGUUGGUAAGUGCUGCGAAGCAGGUCGGAGACACAUCGCUGCCUCCAGAACAGCCAGACAUGAUGGACGACGAGCUACUUCAGAAGCUUCAUCAUGUUUUGAUGGAGAUCCAUGUUACUGAUGGUGCGAUGGUCUGUCAAAAUUGUAACCACAUAUACCCCAUAUCUAAUGGGAUCCCAAACAUGUUGCUAGCCGAGCACGAAAUCGGCUAA